AUGGCAGUGAGUGAGGCAGGCGCAAUUCGGAAUACAGCAUUCGCUGCUUGCCAGGAUCGUACAACUAACUCUACGCUGGAGCGUCCUCAAGCGGAAAAGAAUACUUCGAAUUCCGCCCAAAAUAUCAAUAAGCCGGUUGAAUCUACGAUUUCUAGGAACCCAUCGCGUUCAUGUCUCUGCGGGGGAAACCAUCGCUACGCCCGCUGCUGGAUCAUAAAUGAAAGCAUCAGGCUCAAGGAGUUGGAUGAAAAAUGCUAA